UAAAAUUCAAAAUGGCCGCCGCAGCAAGAAGAGAAGCGAGGAGGAAACGCAUCUUGGAAAACUCAUCUGAUCGCCUUCAGAAAAUCCUACAAACCCGCCCAGGCUCCCCAACACAUUAUACGCCACAUGAAGGCUUCUCUUACGAACAAUUAUCCAGUGAAACUAUUGAGAACGACGGGGAAAACACACAAACUUUUGAACUGGGAAAUGAAACGGAAAGCAACACCGAAAUUACUUCGUCGAAUGGAAAAACUUCAGUCGCUCGCCAAGAAAGCGUUGAGUCUGUUAAAUCUUCGUCUGAUGUUUUCGCUGGUUCAACAGAGUCUGCCGAUGGUUUGGAGUCCAGUCCAGAUUCUGGUGGCGAUGGUAAAGGGAAGUGGUGGAGGUUACUGGCGAAUCUGGUGCUUGCCUUGUUUCUUGUAUGCAGAUGGACGUACGAGAAACGAGUUUUAGAGAAAUUGCACGAUUUAGUUGUUGAUGUUGAGUCAUUUGUCUGGCCUUUCUUGGGUCUUCAGUUGCUUUUUCUCUGUUUCCCGGCAUUCAGAAAGACUUCCCAGUCAGGAGGGAUUUCCCUGCUCACCGUUGCACUUCGAUUGUGUGGAGUACCCAUGAGUCUUACAUCAACUGUCAAUUUCAUCCUGACGUCCAUCAUGUCUGCAUCAAGUGACUUUUUGUUAUUUCUGUUUGGUGCUGUUCUGUCAAAGCAAAUACUGGACUAUGCCAUCAUAUACACAGAUCUCUUCAAAACUUAGUCAUCAUUAUUCAUAGAGAUAUCUGCAGAAGUAUAUUAUUUUAAAACUUAAAAUAAGACUGCACUUUGCCUUUGAUGGUCAUAGUACUGCAUGGCUAAAAGCUACGGUUGCAUUUGCCACUAGAUAUUCAAAAUGUCACAGACAAAAUAAUUUUCUUAAAAACAUGCAACAAUAUUAAGCUUCAAAUAUUUUAAUUUAAAAUGUCCUCUCUGUCUUGCAUGUUGAAAGAAAGGAUUUUAAUAACAUUGGUCAUCUUUUGAAGAUUGUUAUAUUGAAAAAUGCAAGAAUGACAAAAGUUGAGGACAAUUUUCCAUGAUAUGAACAGAUGGUUGGAUCAAUUCAUGUUGGAUCAAGACAUAUGCAUCUAUUAAAACCCAUAAUGGAGCAAGCUAUUGUAAAUUAAAUGAACAGCAAAAGGCUUAGACC